AUGGACAUCAAACAGCUGCUCUUGCAGUCGGACAAAAAACCAAUCUCUUGUAUUGAGAUGCAUACUUGCGGCGAGCCUACGCGAAUUGUCAUCGAGGGAUACCCAGAUCUACACGGAACACUACUUGAGCAGCGUGCUGAAGCCAAAACCAAGCAUGACCACAUCCGGAAACGAGUCUUGCUGGAGCCUCGUGGGCACUAUGACAUGUAUGGGGCAAUACUUCGACCUCAAACAGAGCUCACCAUGAGUGAUCAAGCUGAUAUUGGUGUUCUCUUUAUGACUAACGAUGGCUACUCCACAAUGUGUGGUCAUGCAACCAUUGCAUUGGGACGUUUUCUUGUCGACACUCAUGAUCUCCACAUAUUCCCCAGAAGAAAUGAGAUAAAGUACGAUCCUCGCACUCGGUAUGCCGUCGUCAACCUCCAUGCCCCUUGCGGGCUUGUCGAGGUCACCGUACCCACCAAUGAAGAUGGGUCGGCAUCAGACCCUGAACGUCCUGUCUCCUUUGUGUCCGUCCCCUCUUUUGCAAAGGGGGUCAACAUCGCAAUCCCUGUCCCUGCCUAUCUUCGUUGGCCCGAGCUCUCAGGUGACCGAGCGGAAGUACAGGCAGGCUUCGCGUAUGGCGGAGCAUUUUAUUGCAUUGUCGCGGUCACAGAGCUAGGAUUCACUAAUGGCUUGAGUGCCAUCGACCUCGAGGCACUGAACCGUGCUACGUGGGGUCUCAAGUCAGCCAUCCUGGAGAAUCCAGGCCUUUCGUGUUAUUACGAGCAUAAUUCCCAGCCCGAGAUGUCCUUCUUAUACGGAGUCAUUGUCACUGACAAAAUGAAUGUGCAAAAUGAGGCGGUGUCCGGUUCGGAGCUGGGGGUAUGCUACUUUGCUGCCCAGGAGAUCGACCGGUCCCCAUGUGGAAGUGGAGUGGCCGCUCGCGCAGCACUCGCAUACCUAGAUGGGACUCGCAUGAUGAACAAAUCGUGGGCAUAUCAUUCAUUGGUCUCAAAACUCGGAUUCGGUCCGCCAUUUAUCGGGACGAUUGUAGAGAGAAAGACGACUGAAGAGAUGGAAGUGAGGGUGAAGGUCGAAGGUCAAGCUUACUACACUGGCUUCAGCACUUUCUCCGUGGAAAAGGAAGAUCCGCUGGGAGACAGUGGAUUCGCUUUCAGAAACCUGGAUGUCGCCUGA